GCCGGCCGUUGCAGCUCGUGUGUGGUUUCUGUCGUCAAGGCCUCAGGAGUUGGUGAUUCACGGGACGUGAGUGAGCUACGAGCGGAGGCGAGGUCCCUGCAGCUUGUGAUUGGGCGAGGGGCUGUGCGAGACCCGCUUUUCGCCGGGAACGCGUCCAGCUACUGUCCCGCUUGGCCACUCGCAGGGGUGGACGUGAAGGCAGACUGCCUGUUGCUACUGCCCUCUACCCACUGCCCGCUGCCCGCUGCAACCUUCCCGUCAGGCCUAGGCAGUGCUGCUCGCUCAUCAUUCCUCGAUCACAGCAAACUUUUGCACUUCAUCCAUCUCAUCUGCAUGCUCAUUCCAGCAUCGUUUCAUUUCUCGACGGUGCACACACAAUGCGCCGGUCAUCACCCUAGUCCAUUCCCACCCACUCGUUCCCCAACCUCAACUCGCAGCGCUGCCCCCGUCCCGCACCCGUCCCCGACCCAAGCGCUGCCCAGCGACGUGCGUGCGACGUGCAGUGCAGUGAGUGCAGCCGAGACGCGCUGGCGACCAGCUAGGCAGCACGCCGGCCACCCACGAGCAACACCACCUGCCAUCAACCACUGAUUGCAGAUAUCACAUCUGGAUCGCAAUUCAUAGCUGCCCUUAGAUCUCCAUGCAUUGUACUCUCCAAGCGGGUUUAAUUCUCAGCAAAGUCCUGUAAAUCCUGCGCUGUUCAACCCCGGUCCAAACAACAGCUUCUGUGCUUCUGCCUCCUCUGCCGCGCACCGACCUUGCUCACUCGCACAGCAUGGCGCCGGGUAAGAGGAAGAGGGAUCCCCUCGAGGGCUUCGAUCCAAAUCAGUCCGACCCCGAGGACGAGAACUUCGAUCCAUCCGAGGCCCGCCCGAGACGACAAAAGAAGGCCCUUCGCGCAUCCCGCAAGUCCGGCGGCGGCCGAACCCGCUCAAACAGAUAUCGUGGCUCAGACAUCGACGAAGAUGACGAGGAACUCUCUGAUAGUGUGGGAGAGGAUUCCUUCGGAGGCGAGUCUGAGGAGGACGAGGACGAUGAAGUUCCCGUCAACGCCUCCGGCCGCCGUGCAAGAAAGGCUGCCGUCCAUCAUCCGAGCUACCGGGAGGAGAGCGACGAUGAGAUCGUCAACGAGUCCGUGGUCAACACGGAUGGCGAUGAAGAGGAAACACCAAAGCCGAAGCUGAGGGGAAGGAUCGUCACCCUGAAGCUCAACCAGGCCAGCCGACGAAGCGCAAAGGAACCAUUGCCACCCGCUCCAUCAACUCGUAGGACCCGAGCGACGACAGAGGAAGGCGAUGAGCUCGUCGAACUCACGACGUCGGGGAGACAUCAGCAGGCAGCUCGGGCAGCCUCGAGGAGCAAGAGCCCGGAGACGCUGAGCCGCGCCACUCGCAACUCUCGGGCAGCAAAGGGCAUCAAACAACCCGUUGCAGAGCCUAUUGAGGAGGCAUCCCAUGAGACUAGUUUCCAACCUCAAGAGGAACCCGUCGAGGAGGCCGACGCCGAUGCAGACGUGGUGGAGGACUCCGCUCCCGAGCCACCGUCCAACCAGGACGAGGGUGAGGAUGGAGCGACAGCUGUCAAAGGCGAUGUCGCCAUGGAUGGGGCGGACGACGCCGUACCACAAGAGCAAGCAGCAGAGGAAGACUCAGAUGACGUCCAAAUCGGGCGUAGGAUGACCCGGUCCUCCCGCCAAGGCAACAGUGCCCCUCCAGCUGAAGACGGUGAGGACGAAUCCGACGUACGUCCGCAGCAGCGGCGCACAAAUCGUUUAAGGAGAAAGGGAAGUGACCAGGGGAAGAAGACCAGCCAGGACCAAAGCAGUGACUUUGAGCCAGAAGAGUCUGGUGGUGAAGGUUCCGGAUCCGAAAAAGGCGCCAACGCCGAAGAUGACGACGACGACGAAGACGGGGAGUACUCUAGCGGUAGACCGUCGCGUGGGAGACGGGCAGCCUCCGGAAGUCAAAAGCGGGGCAGGGCCCGAGAGACUGACGACGAGAUGCUUGAUCCUGACGAGUUGGCUGAGGAGGCCGACGAUCUCCGCCGAACAUCUCGCUCCCAGACUCGUGCCGCCCGGCGGCGCCAAUCUACGCCCAUUACGUAUGAGGUCCCCUCCAAGAGAAAACGCAACAAAGUUGAUUAUACGAUAAGACCGUUCCAACAGAUGGACGUUGAACAGGAGGAGGAAGAACCAGCACCUGCAGCUGCCACACCGGGCCGGCGGAAGCGCGGUAAUGGCGGGGCUUCGGACCGGUACCUUAACACGACCUACGGCCCGUUCGGUGGAGCCGGUGGCUUGGGCUCUCUGCUGGGAGGGCCCUGGGGCACCGGUGCUGCGGGAGGUGUCGACUCUGACAGCAGCGACGACGAGAUGGGCGCUAGGUACGGUGUCCCCGGUGCUGUGGGUGUGACUCCAACAGCGGCUGCCGGUCCGGGACUGCCACAAGGAGCGGCGAAUACCCACCUGGAGAACCUCGGAAUCGGCGCGACGCCGAAUGUGGGCAAGGUCAAGAAUCAGAAAGCACUUGCAGAUGCUGACCCACUCGGAGUCGACAUGAAUGUGGACUUCAACCAGGUGGGCGGUCUAGCAAACCACAUCAACCAGCUCAAGGAGAUGGUGCAGCUGCCGCUGCUUUACCCAGAGGUCUUUCAGCAAUUUCAUGUCACGCCCCCCAGAGGUGUUCUGUUUCAUGGACCGCCUGGUACGGGUAAAACUCUGCUCGCAAGAGCCCUUGCGAACUCGAUCGGUAGCGGCGGUCGGAAGAUCACAUUCUAUAUGCGCAAAGGAGCCGAUGCUCUCAGCAAGUGGGUGGGUGAGGCCGAAAAGCAGUUGCGUCUGCUCUUCGAGGAGGCGAGGAAGACCCAACCAAGCAUCAUCUUCUUUGAUGAAAUCGAUGGCCUGGCACCUGUUCGGUCUAGUAAGCAAGAACAGAUCCACGCCUCGAUUGUAUCAACCCUGCUCGCCCUGAUGGACGGUAUGGACGGACGUGGCCAAGUCAUCGUCAUUGGUGCCACUAAUCGACCGGACAAUAUUGAUCCUGCGCUCAGGCGACCGGGUCGGUUCGACCGAGAGUUCUACUUCCCCUUGCCCGAUGUGGACGGCCGAAAGGCAAUUCUUGAUAUUCACACAAAGGAUUGGGGUCUCUCACCCGAUUUCAAGAAGAGCCUGGCAGAAAACACCAAAGGGUACGGCGGUGCUGAUCUCCGGGCACUCUGCACUGAGGCCGCACUCAACGCUAUCCAAAGGACGUAUCCUCAGAUAUACUCCUCCGAGCAGAAGCUUGUAGUGGACCCCAGCAAGAUCAGCAUCCACGCGACGGACUUUAUGAUCUCUAUUAAGAAAAUGGUCCCUUCGUCUGAACGAUCUGCGUCAUCAGGCGCAGCACCCCUCCCAAAGUCCGUGGCACCUCUUCUCCGCGACCAGUUCGCGGCGAUCGAGGAGACGGUCAAGACGAUACUGCCGUUGAAGCCAAAGGUCACUGCUCUGGAAGAGGCCAUGUUCGAACCUUACGAGGAUUCUGACCAUGGCUUUGGCCGAGAGAACUUGCAACAGGACUUCGAUCGUUCGCGUCUGUUCAGGCCCAGGCUACUGAUUGCUGGCCAGCCCGGCAUGGGUCAAAACUACAUUGCGUCUGCGAUCCUACACCACUUUGAGAGGGUGCAUGUACAACGUUGCGAUUUGGCGACCAUUCUUGGUGACGGAAGGCCGCCUGAGCAGGUCAUAACUGGAAUGUUCUCAGAGGUGAAACGCCACAAGCCCAGCGUGGUUUACCUACCCCACGUAGACACAUGGUAUGCGACUCUGGGCGCCACGGCUCUCAAGGUCCUGACGACAAUGCUCAUGGAUAUACCUCCGUAUGAGCCUGUCCUUUUGUUUGGCACUGCAGAUUGUGAAGCGAGCGAGCUUGACCGGGACAUCUUGAGGGCCUUGUUCCCAUUCUCAAGGAAGAAUAGGGUAGAAAUUGCCCGUCCCAACAGCGAAAAUCGCAUGGAGUUCUUCUCCAACAUGGCUAUGCAUGUCAAGAAGUCGCCUUCCGAGUUCCCCGACCCGUCUACGAGGAAGAAGAGGGUACUCGAAGAACUACCCGUGGCUCCGCCGCCGCCGCCGAAACCCAAAUCCAAGGCUGAAAUUAAGAGUGAGCUGAAGAGGGACCGGCAACUGCUGAACCACCUGAAGAUGAGGCUGCAGCCUGUCAUGGACCAGCUGAAGAAGGGGAAAUACCGCGUGUUUUACAAGCCGAUGAUUCCGUACGACAAAAUCAGGUAUCUCUUUGAAGAGGCCGACCCCAACUAUGUCAGCCCCGACGUACCACAACACAGACCAUACAUAAUCUCCAAAGACAGCCACGGGACAGAAGGACUGCUUGAAGUCGAGACUGGGAAGUUCUACUACAAUCUCGAGCUAAUCACCAUCGAGGAGCGACUUUCCAACGGGUACUAUGCCCGGCCCAAGGACUUCUACAGGGACAUCAAGACGCUGGUCCAUGACUCGAAGAACGUUGGCGAUAAAGACAAGAUCCUCAAAUCGAAUGAAAUGGAGAGCAACGUGGAUGUCGACAUGGGCGAGAUUGAAAAUGCCCUCGGCGGACCGGGCCCCUGGGAGGCGCUUCACGAGAGGCAGCUCCGUCGUGCUGCCGAAGCUGCCGAGAAGGCCAAGAAGAAGGCGGCGAUGCGCAACGCCAUUGGCAUGGUCGAAGACAGCGAAACUGUCGGCCCCAUUAUGAUCGGCGCCCCUGUGCCACCUGAGAGCACAACGAUGGCACGGUUCAGGGUGAUGAGCCCUGAAGAACGUGAUGCGGCCGGAGAUACUCACAUGAGCAACGGCAACUCGGUGCCCUCCCGCUUACCGGAAGAGGGCGGCGGCGAUGAAGCGACACAACCAUUCUCACAGAUGGGGCCGCCACCUGUGGUGCAUCAGCGCACGAGCACAACUCUUGCGAUUAAGAAUAUCACGGGAGAGACACAAGUAUCACAGGUGUCGCAGGUGUCGCAAUUGUCGCAGGUGUCGGCACUGACAUCACUGCCACAAGGCGUUUCGCCUUCUGCUGCGCUUAACGAAGCCUCAACGACCAACGACCAGUCGACGACAAACAAGUCUUCGAGUAACUGGAGCACUCAGGCAACGAAUGGGUUCCAUGGCGAGGCGGAGAACACUUCGCAGCUGCCUGACACACAGCCACCUGGGGACCACGCAUCUGGGCCGAGUCAGCACACAGGCUCCAGCCACUCACCUUGGAUGCACUCCCAAGCUGACGCCCUCGCGCAUGGCAAGCUAAGCAACGUGGGGUACGGUGCGUCGAAUGUGCAGACCAGCCCGACUUCCUCGCAGGUCCCAACCGACCGACGGGCCUCUAGAAUCGGCCUUCCUAACCUCCUCAACGAUCCCGUGUCCGUGUCCGACAACCCGUCCAUGCGCAACUCGGGCGGUUCGUCAUCGUCGUCACAGCAUAUGCCGGUGGUGCACGACGGGCAGGUGCAGCAGUUCCUCAACGACCUGACCGAGCGCACGUCCGGGUGCACGAUCGAGCAGCUGGAGCAGAUCAACCGCGAGCUGAUGGACCAUAUCUGGCUGUCCAGGCAUGAGUGGAACCGUAUGAAGGUCCUCAACCAGCUGGUCAAGAUCUUCAACGACACGAUCUCGGACAUCGAGGAGAUGCAGGGCGUGGGGCUGUCAAGCCAGGAGCUGAACGACGAGCGAGCUAGGGAGUACUACAGCGGCAGCAGCAGGCAUUGAGCGGACCGAGGCACCUUGGGGGCCUGCGCGGCGGGGCGAUGAGACCAACUGAGACGAAGAUUCAAAAUCGGUGGUGAGGUAGAAAAAGGGUCAGGGGUCGCUCGCUGUAUUGGGCAAGGCAGGAAAGGCGGGCUUUCAAGGUGUGGGCUAAUUAUCUCUCAAUUGGUUCUGGUUCUUUUUAUCUUUAUUUGCGCUUUCAACCGUUCAGGCGUCAUUUCUACUGUUACCUGGCGUCGCAGGCAACAUAUCCAAAAACUUUGUAUAAUUACCAGUGGCUUCUCUACCAAGGGGACUGAUUCCCCGGAGAGCAGAGAUAUUAGGAAAGCAUUGGGGGGCCCGGCCUGAGCAGCCCUCAACCCCCAAGAAGCAUGCAUGGUUUAUUUUAUUUCCACCUCCUUGGACAUUUUCGUCCUUCCAGGGAGCGUGUCCAGACACAUUCACAUGAUGGAGAACAAUGCAAAAGAAUCAAUCAUUACCCGGG